GGACACACACACACACACGCACACACACACACACACACACACACACACACACACACACGUUGUUCCGCCCUCUUCUCGUUUAGCAGCGUUAGCAGCUUCACUGUCCGAGCCGAAGACAGCUGCGAACAGACAGUGUUGGUUUUGGAGACUACAGUGGAGUCCGGACUGGAGAAGGAAGCAUGUCCACUGACCAGGAGCCCACGUUCACUGUGAAGCUGCUGCAGCUGCUGCUGCUCUCCACCUACUGGGGGAUGCAGAUCUGGGUCACCUUUAUUUCAAGCUUUGUGAUGGACAACCACCUGAACAGACACACCUACGGCUUCAUCCAGAGCCGUCUUGUCCCGUUCUACCUCCACCUGGGUUCAGCUUGUGCCUUCUUUAACCUCACCAUCUACGCCGUGUAUCAUCCCAGCGACAUGCUGGACGACAAAGAAGCCUUUCAGAUCUUCAUCUUCUUUGUGUCGGUGACAGUCGCAGCCGUCAACGCGCAGUGGUUCGGCCAGAUGACUUCAGAGAUCAUGGCGGACAUGCAUCUCAUCGAGCAGGCGUGCGGAUUGGGUCAGGACAUCGGCCUGUCGUCGAACCGCGAAGCUUACGCCAAGCUGUGCGACACGGACGUCAAAUACCGACACCUGAGCAGUCGCCUGUGGCUGUACAGACUGCUGUCCUCCCUCUGCAACCUCUGCUGCAUCGGCUGCAACUUCUACAGCCUGUGUUACAUGGCCGAGAACCUCGGCACACUUUAAAACCCACGCACAGCAGCUGGACUGUUUAAUCAUUGAAACAUAGGCUCUUCCACGUCACUCCUUUACAAAUCUAGAAUUUUUUUUUUGUAAAGUUAAAGUAAGUUAUAUAUUUAAUACUCUUUCUCUGUCUCUGCCUUUAAUAAUUAUGAGAUUAAACAUCAGGUAAGCCGCGUUGUUCUUGUGCCUCGGGGAACUAUGAAAGGAUCGAGCCUACGUGCUUUGAUUUUUGAGGCUCCAGUUUUUGUAGGUUUUGAGACGCGCAGCGUUACAAACAUACGCUGCAUUUCACUGCAGGGAGAUAAAUCAGUUCCUGCAGUGAGUAACGCCUCACCUUUCACCUAGUGUGGCUGAAGCUGGUGGCACCCUUGAGAUUUCCCUUCACGAUUACACUUGAGGUACGUUUCAGGAACCUAAAUAAUCAGUUUUGUACGUAGAGUCUCAGACGCCAUGGCGGAAAACAGCCCCAAUGCACUGCACAUUUUUAAAUAAUAUAUAUAUAUAUACAUAUAUAUAUAUAUUUGUGUGGAUGUAUGAGUAAGCAACUAAAGGCACCUUUACCGCCCAAUCCUGCAUUUCUUGUUUGGGUGCAGUUUGAAUACUAUGCACGCAAGGGUUCCAACACUUUUACUACAUGGCAUGCAGCCAGUACUGCAAAACCAAAACACAACAAGUCGUUAUGUUGGAAUCAGGACGGUUUGUAGUUGUUAGAAGCUUUGCAAGCGUGCUGCAGGAGGAAAUCCAAGGCCUCUGUAGCAUUGUUUAUUAGAAGAUCUCUGCACUCAACCUGUUCACUAAUCAUCCCAGUAUGAACGCCAUGUGCAUUGUUACCUUUCACAGUGUGCCUCAAAUGAAAAUCAGUCUGUUGUCUGCUUGAGUUUAAAGUGCGUCUUUUUCGAUGUGUGGCUGUUGGGAAGUUAUGCGGUCACAAUCUUGUUUUUUUUUUUUUUGUUAGUUUGUUUCACAUGCCGAGCAGAGAGGAUCUAACAAACCUCCAUGAUGCUAUGAUGGCUCCUCUUUUGUUUCUUGUUUCUCUUUGCGUCGACCUGUGCUACAUGCCCGUUAAACCAAAAAAAAAAAUGCAAUCAAGGCAGAGGCAGCUGAGCCCAGGUUCUCCUCUUUUUGUUUUUCUUGUGUUCAUUCUGCUGGACCGAUGAAGGUGCUUAUAAUUAUGACCGUUACUGGCAAACACAAUGCAAUGUUUUAAACUGUGCACGUUCUUCACGAUGCGUCGCCUGUCAGAUUAAUACAAUAACACAAGUGGAUUUGUGACAAAGGUGAAAUUUUAUAGACCUUUUUACAUGAGUUAGUGGAUAUUUAUGCCCCGUUUUUCUUGACGAUGUGUUUGAGAUAAUGGGCUGUAACUGUGCAGCUCAAGUCGCCUGAAGACCAGCGAGGUCACAGGUCAUGAGCUGCACAUGGUAGUGGGUUUGUUUCGACAUGUAUGGUCUGUGUUUUUGUAUUAAAACAUGUUUUCUCUCAGUUCUGUGCUUUAUCGUCUUCUCCACAUCAUUAGAUUAAUUUUAUUCGCUCAGGAAGUGCAGGCUGAACUUAAUUAACGCCAAUUUUAUGUGCAGAUUUUUUUUCUUUUUCCGGCUCUGUUCUUCGGUAAAUGAAUUAAAAGGAGACACUAACUGGUCUCAGACGGUCUUUUUGAAGCUGUUUAUGCAGCGCUCAGUGUGUGUGUGGAGUGUCAGUCACACUCGUGUAUGAAAAAAGAUAAUUUCAUGUGGAGUGAUUUGUACCUUGUUACAUAAAGUAGUUUGGAUCUGAAAAUGUUUGAUGGUUGGUGACACCUAGUGGUAAUUAAAAAAAUAAAUGUGUCCCUACUGUGCAACUCUGAAGCCAAAUUUUAUGAUUUUUCCUACAGAUGACAGAAGGGGGAAGCAUUGCACUGCUGUAGUUUAUCAUCAGCUGUGAAUACAAACAGAUCCUCAGCUACAGAACUGUGUUGAAAUAUCCAAGAUUAAGUGAUAUUAGACGAUCUAUGAAUAGAUAAUUGCAAAACAUUCACACCAUCACUCGUUUUAGUCAGAUUAAAGUUGAAUAUUACAGGAGAUUAAAGGGAAAUCAGUAACUGAGUGAUCUUGAAUGUCAUUUUAUAAUCACUGCUACUGUUUGUGCAUGUGUGCUUUUAUCUUAUGUCAUCAUUUUAUCAUUUGUCUGUGCUCAUGUAUGUUUUCUUAUGCCAUAAACUUGCCGGGGGACUGCUGAUGAAAAUUAGCCUGUGUGACUAAAUCUGGCACAUUGACACGAUGGUGUUCAUGUUUAAUGUGCAUUGUCCCUUCUUAAAUAAAACAGUGUGUUCUCUGUGAAUAUGCUGCUGGAUGUUGCUGCAUUUGUAAUAACAAAUCCAAAAAGACAACGUCGUGUCAAGUUUUUUUUAAUGUAAAAACACAUCUUUGCUACAAAUCCAUGGUUACUGUGUUUGAGAUGAGGUCAGCAUCAACAACACACAAGCCACUGCUCCUAGAAAAUGAAUAUUAGUCUAAAAAAAAAAGUAAUAAAUAUAAAAUGAUGUAGAGAAAAGUAAAAAAAAAACACUUGUACCUGACUAUCGAAGGUUUAGAAAACCAUGUUUCUCUUGUAAUACUUAUAAAAACCUGAAACGUACAUUUCAGGAAUAAUCUCAAUCCCAACAAUGAAUGUAACGCCCUUCUUUUUCUCUUUUCCAGGCGCUACCUCAGUUAAAAGUGCGAUAACAUUGUGUCAAAAUAAAAAAAACUAAUUGAUCCCCUUGUACAAAUAACAAACCAUAAGUAGCGUUUGUUAAUUCUGCAUAGAGAGAACCAGUUACAACCUUGGAGAGUCCACAACAACCAUUCUGUAAUACUGAGGGAGCGACAUAUAAACUCUUUUUUUAAUUUUCCCCCAAAUGGAGGCAG